AUGGCUUCAUCGUCGAGCGGCGGCGUUCCGCCGGGGUUCCGGUUUCACCCGACGGACGAAGAGCUUCUCCAUUACUACCUGAAGAGGAAGGUUUCUUAUCAGAAAUUUGAGUUGGACGUUAUCAGAGAGAUUGAUUUGAAUAAGAUUGAGCCCUGGGACCUCCAAGAGAGGUGCAAGAUUGGGUCGACGCCACAGAAUGAUUGGUACUUCUUCAGCCACAAGGACAGAAAGUAUCCAACAGGGUCACGGACGAACCGGGCGACCAACGCCGGUUUCUGGAAGGCAACCGGAAGGGACAAAUGCAUAAGGAAUAGCUUCCAAAAAAUUGGGAUGAGGAAAACCCUAGUUUUCUAUAGAGGUAGAGCUCCCCAUGGCCAAAAGACUGAUUGGAUCAUGCAUGAGUAUAGGCUCGAUGAUGCCGAUGAUCCCCAAGCCAAUCCUAAUGAGGAUGGGUGGGUGGUUUGUAGGGUUUUCAAGAAGAAGAAUCUAUUCAAAGUCGGAAGCGAAAGCGGCGGCUCAGCCAUCUCCGACCAGCUCAACACCACCGCCGCAGCCAACCAAUCCCGCGCCGCCACCGCCGGCUUCUCUCUCCGAGACACCGCUCCAUACCUUCUCCAACCGCCCCACGGCCACGACGGAUUCAACUACUCCCACCACAUCCCACUACCCCACCACUACCACCAACUCGAGCCCCAAAACUUCAUACCCGGCGCCGCCCACUUCUCCGACCACCACGCCGCCGCCGCCGGAGCCCCCAUUAUGGUGAAACAGCUCAUGUCCGACCCGAACCGAGACUGCGAAAGCGGCAGCGACCAGAACCUCUGCUACCAACCCGCGACGGCGGCUUGCGACUCCGGCUUGGAGGUGGGCAGCUGCGAGCCGCCGCCGCCGCCGCAAAGCAUGAGCGAAUGGGGGAUGCUUGUGAGCUCUCAGAUGGGUCAAGACGACCACGGGUCAUCCAAGGAUACACGGGUCGGGUUUGAGGACGCAAACGGAUCCUCCAUGAACCAUAUCAACCCGCUCUCCCUACGCAGCGAGAUGGAUUUCUGGGGCUACGGAAAGUAA